AUGGAGUUUCUCAUUCGCUUCGCCCAGGCGCACGAGACCUUUCGACAGCCGGAGAUCGAAGCUCUGGCAUCGCUGGCCGGAUAUGAAGUCAAAUUUCUUUAUUACGAUAAAUUUUCACCCUAUGCCGUUGUAAAACUACCAGAUGAAGCAGCAGCGCGCGCUGUCAUCUCCCGCAGCAUCCUAGCAAAAGACAUCUUCGUACUCUGGGGCCAGGCUACCAACUAUGACGACCUACACGCCGACGUCCGUAGGCGGACGUCGCACCUCUGGGAAGACCUGAAGCAUGUAUCAUUCCGCUUCACGGUCGAUGCAUUCGCGGGGAAACACACCGCUGAGGAAAAGCGCAAUAUAAUCCAGAGCUUCGCGUAUGUCGGCUUCGAGGGUCCUAUCCGGAUGAAGGACCCCGACGAGCAAUUUUGGGUGUUUGAGGAGUAUAUCUCUGAUGUUGAGGUGCCGCGUUUGUCGAGGAGUGCGGAACCGAUGCCGGAAUUGUUGCGUCCCAAGAGAAUUUUCCUUGGACGGUGGCUGGCUCAGGGUAGUCGGGAUAUCAUGGCGAAGUAUGAUCUGAAGAAACGGAAGUUUAUCAGUACGACUUCUAUGGAUGCGGAACUGACUCUAAUCACGGCGAAUAUGGCCCACGCUGCCCCUGGUAAACUAUUCUACGAUCCUUUCGUGGGGACGGGGAGCUUCUGCGUGGCGAUGGCGCAUUUCGGGGCGCUGAAUAUUGGCUCUGAUAUUGAUGCGAGGAGUUUCAAGGGGAAAGAUCCGGCGACGGUGGGAAACAACAAACAAGUCCGUGAUGUCAGAACAGGUCGCUCCAUUGGACUGUUGUCAAACCUCGAGCAGUAUGGGAUUGCGAGCAAGUAUGUGGAUGCGUUUACGUCGGAUCUGACCAACACGCCCAUCCGUCUCGGGCAAUUCCUCGAUGGUAUUGUCUGUGAUCCUCCUUAUGGUGUUCGUGAGGGACUACGGGUUUUGGGAACGCGUGAUGGCCGUGGUACAGAAGAGGUUCUCAUCGAUGGAGUUCCUGCUCAUUAUCUACCCGGUUACAUUGCGCCAAAGAAACCAUAUGGAUUCGAAGCAAUGCAAAACGAUAUCCUCACUUUUGCCUCUCGAACGCUAGUCACAGGCGGGCGCCUAUGCAUGUGGAUGCCCACAUCCAACGACGAGGUGGAAUUAGUGAUCCCCAUGCAUCCGAACCUGGAAAUUGUCAGUGUGUCUGUACAGCCAUUCAACAACUGGUCCCGUCGGCUUAUUACGUACCGCCGUUUGCCAGAAGGACAAGUCUCAGAUGUCUCGUUGGGACGACAAAAAGAUGACGCCCAGGGUAUGUAUGCUGACGAAUUGAAUGAAUUCAGAAGAAAAUACUUUACCAAAAACGAAAAGAAGCUCGCCAAAGAGCAAUAA